AUGGCGGAGCAGCAGCACGCAGGGAUUUCCAAGUUGAUCGCCCAAUACCUCCCCGACUUGCGCCCGUACCAAGACCUGUACCGGACACUUCAUGCAAAUCCCGAGCUGUCACUUCAAGAAGAGAAGACUGCAGAGGUCGUCGCGGCCCACCUUGGAAAAUUGGAUGGCUUUGACGUACGCACGCACAUCGGCGGGCAUGGUGUUGUCGGCAUCCUCGAGAACGGGCCAGGCAAGACCGUUCUUCUGCGGGCAGAGCUGGAUGCACUGCCUGUCCUAGAGCGGACCGGUCUUGAAUUUGCGAGUUCCAAGACAGUACUCGACCGCUCCGAUAAUGUCGUCAAGCCUGUUAUGCAUGCCUGCGGUCACGACCUGCACAUGGCAGCUCUGCUUGCCGCCUCGGAAUUUCUUCAUCAGAGCCGCCACGCUUGGGGUGGUACGGUUAUUGCGCUGUUUCAACCCAACGAGGAACGAGGCGCAGGUGCGCAGGCCAUGGUCGAUGACGGUCUGUUUGACGUCAACCGACAUCAUAUCCCAAUACCACACGUGGCUUUGGGCGGGCAUGUGAUGCCCAUGAGAACGGGUAUGAUCAAGACUCGGAGCGGAGUCAUGGGCAGCGCAGCCGACAGCUUCCUGGUGACUCUUUAUGGCCGUGGUGGCCAUGGAAGUCGCCCACACCAUGCCGUCGACCCUGUGGUUUUGGCGAGUAGCACGGUGAUGAAGCUCCAAACAAUCGUAAGCCGCGAGACCGAUCCGCGCGAAACCGUGGUGGUCACAGUCGGUUCCCUGCAUGCAGGGUCGGCGGCGAAUAUCAUCAGCGACGAGGCUGAACUGCAAAUCAACAUCCGGACUUUCAGCUCACAGACCAGGCAUAAAGUGAUAGAAGCCGUCAGGCGCAUCGUCGACGCCGAGUGCAGAGCCUUUGGGAGCCCAAAGCCGCCGCGCAUUGAGCACAUUGGAUCAUUUCCAUUGCUCUAUAACGACGAGGCCGCCACUGACAUUGUCUCGGAAGCCAUGAAGAACCACUUUCGCGGCGAGUUUGGCACAGAUGCGACCAUCUCCACCGGCAGCGAAGAUUUCGCCAACCUCACAUCUCCUCUGUCGAUUCCAAGCGUUUUCUGGAACUAUGGCGGUGUCGACGCUCAACAGUGGGAUGAUGCAGUGCAGAAUGGAAAGUUGGAAGACAUUCCUGGUACUUCCCUGUCAAGCCCUGACACAGAACAGUGA